GCUUGCCUAGACAAUACCCAGCCGUGUUCGCCGCGUGACGCGUACUGCGCGUCUUCUCUUAUACCAUAGUCUGUCGUUAUUACUCUCUGAAGUAGCUAUACCUACCUAUAGUGCGCCCCAAUUAGUCACAUUACAAGUGAUAGUGCUAUCAGACAAGACGUAGCGUAGAUAUGUUGUUCAGUAACUUAAAAAUUAAAUUAGAAGUAAGUGACAGCUUGUGUGUGUAGUUUGAGUAUCUAAAACGCUUUAUAAAUAAAAAUAUUAGUGCAAUAAGUUUGAAUGUGCAAUAUAGUGUUUUUAGUAUAGUGUAUUGAUCUGAUGUUGUUUGCUGAAGUGCCAUUUUAUAGUGAUAUUUAACUACCACGACGAGGCGACUAACCACGCAAACUUGGCUGUUUUUGUCUAAAAUUAAAACAAAAUACAACACUAUUGCACACCAAAAUGCCCCGCGGCCGGGACGAAAUGCAAGUAAACGUGGCAGGCUUAAGGAGAAAUAUUAAAAACCUCGCGCACAACUAUUCCGAUGCCCAGGUAAAAGUGCGCGAGGCGACAUCGAACGAUCCAUGGGGCCCUUCCAGCACGCUGAUGGCGGAGAUCGCCGACCUCACGUACAACGUGAUGGCCUUCACAGAGAUCAUGCAGAUGAUCUGGAAGCGCCUCAACGACCACGGCAAGAACUGGAGACAUGUCUACAAGGCGCUGGUCCUCAUGGAGUAUCUAAUCAAGACCGGUAGCGAGAAGGUGGCGAUGCAAUGCAAAGAGAAUAUCUUCGCUAUACAUACGCUAAAAGACUUUCAGUAUAUGGAGGAGGGGAAAGAUCAGGGUCUCAACGUCCGCGAAAAGGCGAAAGCUCUAGUAAACCUUCUAAAAGACGACGAGAGGUUAAAGAACGAGCGUGCUCGGGCUCUAAAGGCCAAGCAGAGGUUCGCGCAGAGUGCCAGCGCGUUCGGCAGCGACGGAGCCCUAGACACGCCGAGCAGCCCCUCGUACCCCGCGUUCGGCAGCGACGGCGCGUUAGACACACAAUCCAGCCCCACCUACCCUGCGCUAAGCGGUGAUUCAGCGGAGUGGUCAGGGCGGGACGCGGAGCUCGCGCGGCCGCUGACGGCCGGGGAGGAGGAGCUGCAGCUGCAGCUGGCGCUGGCCAUGUCGCGCGAGGAGGCGGAGCGCGAGGAGAGGCGCCGCCGCUCCGACGACGUGCGGCUCCAGCUCGCCAUCAGCCAGAGCCAGCAGGACUUCCAGACGGAUGACCUACCACCUACCCAGAGCAAGAGUCAGGCAUCAGGUCAGCAGUCCCACUUGCUGGAUCUACUCGACGUGAACCUGGCCAGUCCGCCCGCGCCCGAACCCUGGGCACAGCCGAGACCAGAGACAUCAUCAGACGCGUGGUCAGCAGUAGGCAGCCCGGCGAAGGACCCGUGGGCUCCCGCCGCCGCGCCGCCAGACCCAUGGGCUCCCGUCGGACAUGGGAAGUCUCCGAUCUCAGUGCUGUCAUCACCAUCAUCGUCGGAGCUGGAGCAGUUCGACGCGCUGUCGCAGCGGCCGCGCACCAACCACAACAACAACCCCGAGCCUGACCCCUUCGACCUCACUGCGCUUAGUGAUAACCUAACCCCGCUGCCAGCGUCUCCUGUAUCAAACAACUUGGGCGCGAUCAAGAAGUCUCCGUCGGCUUUCCUGGGCGAGAACUCGUCGCUCGUGAACCUCGACCGCCUGCUGCAGGCGCCGCCCGCCGACCCGCCGCAGCCCAACCCCUUCGCCGCGGAGCCGCCGCCCAGGACGCAGGCCAUGUUCGCGCAGCCACAGCCUGCACGACUCACUAUGAACGAGUUGAAACAGCAACAAAUGGGCCUCACGGGCCUAAACUUUGGCGCCCCGUCUCCAGCCUUCGGCGCCCCCGCCCCCGCCCCCCUCGCCCCCCUCGCGCCGCUGGCGCCCGCGCCGCUCAUGCCGGCGGCCCCACUGGCGCCCGCGCCGGCGGACCCGUGGGCGCCCGUGCCCGCGCCGCGCUCCAACUCGCCGUGGUCACCUCCACAUGCGCGGCACACACCCAACCCCUUCCUCUCCUAGCUAACCACCACACAGGGUUCAAGGUAACGCGGGGCAUGGCGGGAGCGCGGCAGCCGGCCGACGCCGUACUCGCGCCCCGGGGCCGGGCCGGGCAGGGCCGGUGCCGGGCUCGGCUCGGCCGGUGCCGGGCUCGGCUCGGCCGCGGCCGCCGAGCGGGCCGCCGCUCGCCCACACAAACUGUUCUACUAUCACGACUACGUGUACUUGACCAAAUCGUAACUGUACGCUCGCGAGUGAUCACAAUGACGUCACCGCGCCGUCGCAUCUGUCGAACAAUACAUUAUUCCUCAGUCUGUGCUUCUAUGGAAUUAGUAUUUUUGAUUUUUUAUACGUCCUAUAAAAUAAAAUCACCAAUUUUGAUUACCAAUAUAAUGUAUGUAUAUUAAUUGUAUUUGUUGUAAUAAUUAAUUUACGCAAACGGUGUGUGGUAUAAUCAUGUGACUUUGUUUAUUUUGUGGAGUCAAUAAGGUGGUAGGUAGAUCGGGUGUCGACAUAAUGAAAACUAUACUGUUGACAAAAAAAAAUACAAAACAUUUGUUUAAAAUAAAAAUGUAUAAAUGAAUGACGCUAUUUAAAAAAAAUAUAUAAUAUAUUGAAUAAAAUUUGUAUUAGAAAAAAAAAUACGUCAUGAUUGUGCUUUCUUUUGCAAAAGAUAAGAUUAUCUUUUGUGUCGAUAUGUCCAUACCCAAUAACUACAGACGCAGUAUACAUUAUGUAAAAUGAAAUGUUUUAUUAAUAGACUGGAUAAUGCUGUGAGCUGUCGUGUUUAUAUGUAGCUGACGAUUCUGUGUGUUUGUGUGUGCCGAUGUCGAUAGAUGUAAACUAUAGAAAAUUAUUCGUAAUUUUAUAUUGUACAAAUGUCCGACUAAUAUUUCGAUAUUGUACAGAUUCCAAUUGAAUAAAAUAUAGUUUAAUAAAAUUAUUGUGUUUUCGUACUAAGAGUAAAAAUCUGUGGGAGUUGUGUCAUGAAGUAACAAUUAAUAGAUAAAGCAAUAUAAUGAACACUUUACAUAGUAUCUACUACUUAUAUUCAGAUGAAUUAAAUCACUCGUAGACUAGACUGUAAGGAGUACACUGCACAUAUAAACACACAGGAGAUAUAGAACGUAGCUUAGUGAUAGCGUCAAUAGUCUAACUAAAGUGUUGGGGCCGGCGCACAUCACGCGACGAAACGUUCUCGAAUACACAUGUAUCGUGAACAGUGACGAUGCACGAGAAAUGACUCACGGUAUAUAAUCAAGGAGAUGAAAAAUCUAAGGCUAGCUAUCGUCACUGCUCGGCCCCAAACUAAUUCGGGUGUUAAGGGUUUUGGUAAGCAUCUCUGUUGCACAGAAUUAAUGCAAAACUAGCUAUAUCCAUAGAUAAGUAAUCCUUACUAGGUUGUAAAGAGGAGAUUUUAGAAAAACAUCAAAUGCAUUAAGCGUGUGAUCGCAUGAAUUCUGUGCAACAAGAGAGUGAUUGUCGCGACGACUAAGGUGACAAGUUGUUAUUCGUGCCUUAGUAAAGUUUUGUAUUACAGUAAUUGUAUUGUCGCCCUCCAUUUCUCUUCUCCCCAUAAUACUUGUAUUUACGGUCAUGGGGGUACGACUUGCUAGCUUCUCGUAACAUUACUUACUUAGUCAUUAAAAUAAGGGGACCGGAAUGGGAGUUCUUCAGGAUAAUUAUUUGAGAAGCUGUAUCGGAAAGCCUGGACAUCCUACUAAUUAAGUCAUCUAGUAUUAUAACUUUGUCCAAAUUACGAACAUAAAUAAUUAAUUAUUUCUGACUUCCUAGAUGAUAAAACCCCUGAAAAUCCCAGUUACACCCAUGAUCAAUGCUGUGUGUCCACCUUGUUUUAGAUUAUCUAAAGUCACAACACUUCAAGAGUAUGCUCUUGGAGUCUCGUCCCUUCAUAGGGGAUUAAGUGUAUACUAAUACCAUUUCUUCUGAUUGAAAUAAAAAUACUUAUUUGUCAUAUAAAAUUAUUUGACUACGCAUUUUUUACAAUUUGACUUCAUUCAAAAUAUCUCUUGACUGCUUUCACAAACACCAACUUAUAUGUAUAUUUAUAAGCAAUAAAUUAACUAUACCAAUUCGAUUGGGAGCUAAACACUGACCUUGUGUUUUUUAUUACUUUGAUAUAUUCAAUUGCGUUGAGAAACAUGUCACAGCUUGUUUAUUGUCUACUUUGCUACAUUGAGAUGUAGUGAUUUGAAAUUUUUUUGAACCUCAAUUCAGAUUGAGUUCAUUUGGCACAAGCGGCAGCUUUGUCAUUAACUUUGCAUUUGGUACAUACAAAAGAUUAAAGUUUAUAUGAAUGCACUGCGUGUACUGUCAACAUGUUUGUAAUAAUUUGCUAUCCUCAUUAUUGUAGUAUUCAACGUAUUAGAUAAAUGAUGUACGGUUAGUUUACACGCUCAGUGUGUUGUUAUUCGUGACGGAAAUCCACCACUUGCCAGAUAAAAAUCGCAUUUAUUUAAAUAACAAUAAUACUUUAAAAUUCACAGUUAAGAAAAUAUACAUUUUUUCCAUGGGUUUUCUGCGCUGGCAACACAUGAGCGUUUGUUUUUUUUUGUCACUUAUAUCUAGCAGGUUGAUGUGGUUAUUGUUUAUCAGUUAUUUAGAUAAAUUAUUAUUUUUAAUAUUAUUUCCUGACCAUUAAAUGCAUCGAUGCUAAUUCAACGUGUCACUAGCUAGGGAGAAACUGUAAAGAUUAAUGUAACUAUUUAAUUAAAAUAUAUAAGUUUUUCAAUACAAA